UUUGCAUCUGAUUUUCGGAUCCCAUCACAAAAUUAGACUUUCAGUAAACGCCUAUAGAAGAGUUAUGUGCAAACGGAGGUCAGGUUUGCUGGAUUGUCCAAGUCUUCGAAUCGAUUUCCACAACCACAGACGAUCAAGCAAGCAAAAACAUCGAAACAGGGUGUCAAAGAACAAUCACAAGGGUAGGGGCAACAACAGAUCUCCUCAGGUCUUUUCAGUUUAUAAAAUUGGUCGUCAUCCAGUCCACCGCAACAAAACCAACACCAUCAGACUGGCACCACCGCCGCCGCACUUGCACCCUUUCCCUUCCCCCAAGAAUCCAUCGCCUCCCCCAUCCACCCCGGCCAACCUCACACACCACACAGUCCCCAGAGAAACCUCGAUUCCACAGCAAGCCACAUAUACCAAGCCCAUAAGUUCCAACAAACCACCCUGCCAACACCCCACUUCCCCAUCCCCAACACCAAUUCCCAAAAUACCACGGCACACCACAUACCAAAAGGUACAAAGUAUGGCAAGGGAUUUCCCUAAUACUCCCUCAUUAACCCUCCAUUCACCCCAUCAACAACCCAACUCUCCCAACCCUCGCCCUCACCACACAGCAGCAGUUCAAACCGACAACCCACACACACACACAUACACACACACAUCAUCCCUCCCAAAGCCCCUCAAUCUCUCCGGAUCGUCCCACCGGAACCCACGUCCCCAAUCGUUCAUGAGCCGGAGAAAGAUAUCGAGAGAAGAAACAAGGAUCCUCGGAAGGGAAAUCCGCGUGCAUAAUAGCGCAAAAUGUCCGCCGCAGCCUUAUAGUUUCUGUAUAAGUUCCUCAUGGAAGGUGAAGCGGAACCAGAAACCCCAAAUUUGCGGCGCUGUUUGUUGUACACUUCUGUCCCUUUCGUGACCAAGGUAUAUAUGCAGUGCUUGAUUGCCUUGGUUCCGUGGGUGUGGGGACAUGUGUCUGCUUAUCUUUGGAAAGUGUGGUUGAGGGUGGGGUGGGGGAGAGGGUGCGGGGGAUUUUGAGGUGUUGGAGGAUGAGGGUAGGGAGAGGGAGGAUAUGUCAGAGGGGGUAGUGGGGGUGAGAGA